AGAGGAAUCAAGAUAACGAGCGGAGGAGGAGAGCAAAAGCGAGAUGGCGGCGAGGCGCGGGCGAGCCUGGGAGGAGGACGACCUCGGCGGCGGGGGCCAGCCCCCGCACCUCGCCGCGCCCGUCGUCUGCCUCGUCCGCUCCGCCGGGGACCUCGCCGCCGGCGCCUUCGUCGGCUCCCUCGUCGGAUACGGGCAAGGUUUGCUCACUAACAAAGGUAUGAAGGGUUCACUCAGUAGUGCUGGAUCUUCUGCCAAGACUUUUGCAGCAUUGUCUGGUGUCCAAAGUUUUAUCCUGUGCUUGCUUAGAAGAUUGCGAGCAAAAGAUGAUAUGAUCAAUGCUGGCGUAGCUGGUUGUUGCACAGGACUUGCUUUGAGCUUUCCAGGUGCACCGCAAGCAAUGUUCCACAGCUGCGUUACCUUUGCAGCAUUCUCUUGCAUAAUGGAUGGUCUCAAUAAGCAGCAGGCUGCCAUGGCAGCCACACUUGCCGGUAAACCUUCAACCAUCAAGCAUCAGGAGGGUGAUGUCCUCCCACCGUUCACUCUUCCGCCGCUGCUGAACGCUUCAGAUGCUUUAGCUUCAUGCUGCCAAGCCUUCCUCAAACGAAAGGACUAGAGUGGUGAAGACUCGUCACAAAGAAAAUCUUGCUCCAUUACUUUUUAUCUUUGCUCUCUUAGCAUUCAGAAUUCCCUCUUCAGUUAUGUCGCUGUGUUUUCUUUGAAAUUGAUUAAUUAUGAAUUGUGAUCUUGGUGGAGACUUGUAGUGGGUGUAAUACAUGAUACACCCAAUCUUUUGUAACUACUUUGUGAUGUGAUGCACUUUUUAACAAGCUUAAUGAAAAGAUAACAGCAAUAUCAGUGCUUA